GGCUCUCUUCUUCAUGUCUUCCGUCGGCUGUCGGGCCCGGCCCUCACGCAGGGGACGCCCCUCCGGCCCGCUGUGGUGAAGGAACUCGCCCUGCCGGGGGACUGCUGGCAGCGCCAGAUGGUUCAGACCGGGGCACGCAGGGACACCAUCAUGGCCGAAUCCGUCGAAGCCCUCAUCAGGAAGCUCUCGGAGCUGGAACAGAGGGUUAUCGAUGCGGAGAGCAGGGCGGAGGAAGCGGAAGACAAGGUGCGGAUUAUGGAGCAGAGACUGGUGGAGGCGGAGUGGUCAGGAGAGGGUGGCAGUGAAGAGAGGGAAGAAGCCAUUAGCAAACUCGCCUCGCAGGUCGAGCAGCAGAGGCAGCUGAGACUUGCGGAUGCUAGACAAGUUGAAGCAAAAGCGGCUCGAAUCAAAGAGUGGGUGACAAAUAAGCUGCGGGAGCUGGAAGCUCAGAACCAGCACUUACGAGAGCAGAACCACAGGUGUAACCAGCAGCUAGAACUGCUCAGGAAGCACAUGGCUGACAUCAGCACUGAGAGGAGCAGGCCCUCCUCACUUCUCCGCUCCAAUACCACGGCCUCCACCAAGGGGCUGGAAGCAGUAUAUGCUGAAGUGCCAAGGAGACCGAAACCAGUCAGUCAAGACCCAACCCUCGGUCACCGACGCCACCUUUCAGCGACUGCUGUAACUGUUAAUAGUCCCUCAUCUCAGCAGCUGAGUGAUGAUCUCCAGGCUGCUGUCGAGAGCCUAGCUCUUCUUCCCGUCCACAUUAGGCCUAAGUCAGAAUGCAUGGACUCUGAACAAGGCCAUGAUUACGCAGAAAUCUAUACACCAAGUACUGAAAAAGAUGCUUGGGAUGUCGGCAAACCUCCGACGCCUCCUUUGCAUAGGUUUCCCUCGUGGGAAAGCCGUAUUUACCAGGUGGCCAGUGAAGGCCUCGCACCUCACCCUACCCCAGACUCUAGUAAUAAUAACACUGCCUCAAGUAGAAUCCACUGUUCCCAUGGCUACUGUGAUAUCAGUGUACCUGUUUACGCUACUGUUAAAGGGAGAGCUAGCCAGAUUAGGUCAAUGCCCUUUACCGGCGAUUCUUCCGAUGAUUCGUCAGAUGGAGAAGAACACACUAAUGCUUUAAAUCUCUCAACUACUAGAGUUACUAAUAGCAGUUCAGAUAACACAGAUACUUCAGUUUCUAGUUCCAGUCCCAGCAAAAGUCACAUUCAAACUACCUCCAGUUUCUCUCCUGCUAAACGAAGUUCAUCUGGUUCACCAAGUAAAAAUACCUCAUUGGAAUCAGGCUUGUCAGAUGACUACGCCGUACCACCUGACGCUGAAGAAUGGCCGCCUAGAUCACCUUCCCGACCUACUAAAGUAGAAACUAUUGAGAAAUCAGGUCAUCUAGCCAAGCUUGGAGGAAAAUUAAAAACAUGGACCAGAAGAUGGUUUCAACUUUACAAUGCCAAGCUGCGUUAUUGGAAAAGUCAGAAUGAUGUAAAUAGAAAACCUCAAGGAGAGAUAUCAAUCGAUGAGCAUUGUAGAAUUACUCGUGCUGAAGGAGCCGCAACUUUCGAAAUAGCGACAGAAAAAAAGACUUAUUACCUUACAGCUGACUCUAUAGCAGCUACUGAAGACUGGGUUCGGGUGUUACAGAACGUACAGCGAAGAAACGCCACUAAAUUGCUGUUGAGUAGAGAACAUAAUAAGCCUACACUUCAAGGCUGGCUGACUAAAGUUAGGAAUGGUCAUGCAAAGAAAUGUUGGUGUGUUCUUCUCGGCAAAAUGUUCCUAUAUUUCAAAUCCCCUUCAGAUAGUAAUGCAAUAGGACAGAUAAAUAUGAGGGAUGCUCGAGUGCAGCAAGUAGAGCAUGUUUCUGACAGCGAUAGCGAAGACAGAGAUACAGACACGGCACAGCUCACUAUCGGAAUUUUUCCUAAUCACCAACCACCAACCUAUUUGCUCAUGCCAAACAGGCAAGAUAAUGAUUCAUGGCUGUAUCACCUCACAGUAGUCUCAGGUGCUGGGCCUAAUGCCGGAACACAAUAUGAACAGCUAGUCCAAAAACUGAUGGAAGUUGAAGGUGAUCCAAACUGUGUUCUUUGGAGGCACCCUCUGUUACUGCAUAGUAAAGAAACAAUCAGCACGCCUUUAACAACUUUAUCUUCUGAAGCCCUACAAUCUGAAGCUAUAAAACUAUUUAAGAGUUGUCAGCUGUUCACAUCUGUAGCUGUCGAAUCAGCUGGUAUCGAUUACCAUGUGGUAUUAGCACAGAAUGCUUUACAGCAAGCUCUUGACCAAUGGGAACUUCAGGCUGAACUCAUCUGUGCCCUUGUGAAACAAACAUCCAAACACUCCCCUUCGAAAACAGGCGUACAGGUAUUCGCCAAAUUGAGGCAUCGUUCGCUGUUUGCUUGUGAUGCUGCCGGGUCGCCGACAACAACAGUCAGCUCUGGAUCUGGUUGCCCUCUUCCGCCAGUUCCUCCACCCCCAGAAACCUGCAAAGCCAACCCUCCUCAGUUCGCCCUCGUACAGGCCUGGCAACUGCUCGCACUUGCUGUAUCCCUGUUUGUACCAAAGAACAAUAAGCUACUCUGGUAUCUUAAACUUCACCUCCAGAGGAACACUGACACAAAAACUGAAUGUGGAAAAUAUGCGGCCUACUGUGAGCGUGCCUUAGAAAGAACGAUUAGAAAUGGUUGCCGAGAAGCAAAACCUUCGCGGAUGGAAGUACUCUCUAUCCUUCUUAAAAAUCCAUAUCACCACUCAUUGCCUCACUCUAUUCCUGUCCACUUUCUCAACGGCACCUACCAGGUUGUAGGUUUUGAUGGUUCAUCAACAAUCGAAGAAUUUAUGGUUACCUUAUCGCAAGAAAUUGGAACUCGGGAUUCUUCUGUAUCCGGUUUCACUCUGUUCAGUGAUGAUCCAAUUGAAAAAGAUUUAGAGCAUUAUAUUGACCCCCAAUCAAAGCUCUGUGACGUGAUUUCAAAAUGGGAAACUGCUCUGAGGCAGAAAGGCUCAGGGAAAUUCGAGAACACAAGGGUCAUACAACUGGUCUACAAGAGCCGGCUCUAUUGGAGAAGUUCACUGAGGACUGAGACCGACCGAGAGAGGUUGUUGCUAUGUUACCAAACCAACCAGCAAGUCGUCCAGGGCAGAUUUCCUGUCAACAAGGAACUUGCCCUUGAAUUAGCAGCCCUCAUGGCACAAAUUGAUUUCGGUGAAUAUCAUGCUGACAAAGGCCGAGGCAGUGGUGGAGGAAUGCGAGACCUUCAGGUGAUCCAGGCCCUUGACAAAUUCUACCCUUAUAGAUAUAGAGAUAUGCUGACUCCUGAUCUUCUCAAGGAACUGCAGGCGGCACUUCAGGAAAAAUGGAUAUCUCUGAAAGGACGAGGCCCACUUGAUUGUGUGAGGAUAUACCUUACGUGCGUUAGGAAAUGGCCUUAUUUUGGAGCUAGUUUAUUCCAAGCAAAGGUAAAAGAUAGCGAGUGGGGCUUGGUUUGGACCGCAGUGAGUGAGGACGCAAUUAGCCUCUUGGAGCUGAGCACCAUGCAGCCCCUGGCUAGGUUCCCAUAUCCUAGGGUCCUCACGUUCGGUGGCUGUCAGGAGGACUUCAUGCUCGUAGUCAGCUCUGACCAUGGUCUUGGCUCACAAAAACUAUUAUUCUCACUUUCAAAACCAAAGAUUCUGGAGUUGACUUUACUCAUAGCGGACUACAUGAAUGCGCUUGGACGGUCCGGAGGUACUCCCGCUGGCACAUUAACCCGAACCACACAACCCGACAUUUUGAAAGCAACACCAGACCAUCAACUGGGCGAUAAAUCAUGACAUUAAAGGAACUACCUUAUAACAUUAACAAACUAAUGCUUGUCAGCCAGGUGUAGUUGCUAUAUCGCGAACUAAGUAGGUUGUUCGUUCUUUAACUCAAAACUGUGUCAUUUUAUCAGAUGAUUUAUUAUUAUUAUUAUUAUUUGUUAAAUUAUGGCUUCAUUGCAUUGUAGUGCCAAAAUUGUACAAUUGUGUAAUUCCAACCUUUCCAUAUUCUAAUGGAAAAAAUCUGCUAAGUUAACUAACUAGAGUAUAUCAAAGUGAAUUCCUAGUUGUCAGUGAAACUUGAGAUUUUGAAAACUAGCUAUGUGAGUAUAAAUUUCUUUGUGGAACAGUCUCUAAAAUUUGAGAUUUUAGAUUUUAAAGUCUUAAACGAUCUUAAUGGUACUAGUAAUUGUUACAUAUAUAUAUUAGUAAAUAUUCAGUAACUGAAGCCAAAUGUGAUAUAGACUUUAGCUAGACAGAGGAAAAAUUAAAUAUUUUUCUUUCUACCUCUCCUCUGUCAGUGAGAAAUAAAUUUAAAAAGCGAUCUGUGGUUUUUUAAAAAAAUAUAUAUAAAACAUUCAAAUUGAAUAAUCAAAUAUAAAUAUCUUAAAAAUAAUUAUCAUGCAAACUGGCUAACAAUGUUCUAUUUAAAUUUUGUUUAUUCUCUCUUUCCAAAGAAAAGGUAUUCUUCUGCCUGUUAGGCCAAAAAUGCUAUAUUUUAUGUAGCAUAUAACUGUGUACCUACCUAUACGAAGCUAAACAAAUAUUUUUACAAAUAACAUAUUUUAAGUGUUUUAUAAAUCCUUCCACUAACACUAUUUAUGAUUACUGUGGAAAUUAAUUAUAUUAUUAAAAGUGGAAUUUCGCUCUUUUGAUACAAAUAUUAAUAUUUUGCCUUUUAAGUUUGAAUAUAUUUUUUUUUAACAAAUUUAAAUUUUAUAAAUUAUAAAUAAACCCACAAAGCUUUAAGGUUUUAGUAUAAAGCAAAUUUUUAUUUUAACAAAAGGCUUUUAAUGUUUUUCUUUAAUAACAUUUUCUAAAAAGAAUUGAACCUAACACAGUGUAACUUACUAUAAUAAUUGAAGGAAUAUUAUCUCAUAAUUAACCUAUACUAACUGUUUGAAUUUUCUUUUUUGAUUUAACUAACGCGUUUAAUCAAUGUUUUAGAAAGUUGAUUUAUUUUAUAUUUGGCACGGUGCUUUCUAAACAAACUGAAAAAUUGUUCAUUGCAACCUGUUAAUAAUAUGUUGAACGCUUUAAUAUAAAAUACAUUUUUAUUAUUUAUUCAUUUGAAGUAAUUGAAAAUUAAUUACAUUUUAAACAAUAAUUGAGCAAUAGGCAGUCGUAUAUUUGUUGGUUGUGAUCUACCAUUAGGUUGUGCGAAAUUUGAAAAAAAUUAAAAAUUCUAAACCAAGUAUAUAGAUUUUGGGCUUUUUAUUGCAAAAACAAAUUGAGGAGAUUGUUUCCGACAACAAAAUUAAAAAUGGAAUUUGUUUCUGAUUGCCAUAUUUUCAAUAUUGAUUUCUAAAAUGUCAAUUGGUUAUACAACUAAGGCUCUGGUAACUACAAUGUUGUUUCAGAUUUAGCGGUUUAUGUAUUCAAUGUGAUAAAAAUAAUAGAUUAGUUACCAUACUUACAAAUUUUUCUUCUUAAUAAUUUGCCUGGAGACCUUUUGGAAAUCAUCAAGCAUAUUUGUAAUCUCAUUAUUUUUUUAGUUGAUUUAUUAUUUUUUGUGAUUUCUAUAACUUUAGUUUUUAAAAAAAAAAUCUUUGUUUUAUUUGUUCAUCGUUUUGCCCCUUUGAUCCAAAGUAUUUAUUGUAUUUUAGUUAAGUUAGAAUUGUGUUUAAAUGUUUAACGUAUAAUAAACAUCACAAACAACCAGUACCUUUUCAAACAUACCAUUAAUUAUUAAUUAUGAUUUGUUUUUGUUUUUUAUUUAUAUGAUGCUCGUAUUGAUGUCAGCUUAUUACUGGAGCUAAUACAAAGACUUAAUAAUGUUGGGCAUAAUUAUUGUAAAUUUAUGGUUUAUUAAAUUGAUAUUUUGUAAAUCUAGUCUAUUAUUGUAUAUAAAUAUAAAUAUAUAUAUAAAUAUAAUUUAUAGUGUAAAAUCUUUCAUGGCUUUUAAAAUAUAUAUCGUCUGAUUUUUUUAAAAGUGUAGACUUUAUAUUAGUUAACUAAUGAAGAGUACUGUACACAUUAUUUUGAUACAGUCUGUUAAAGAUGAAAUGUGUUUUUAUACUCAUUGGAAAUACAGAUAGUCAUUCAUUUUAUGUC